AGUAGUAAACAGUAUGUAAUUCAGUUAAACAACAUCAGGGGACAACAUCUUUAUUAAAUAGACCAGACAAACUGUGAAAAUGAAGCUCCGCCCCUCACAAAACUCACCGGAGAUAAAACAGGAAAUAGGCACACACACACACACACACACUGAGAGGUGAAUAGUUUCAGCUUCAGAUAAAAACCACUACUUCUACUGAGAGAGAACAUAUAGCUUACUGUAUACAGGAAGGAGUUCUGGGAAUACAGGAAUAGUACAUUUCAACCAGCUGCUGAAUCCACAAACUGAACGUGAGUUUUAUAAGAACAAAGACUCAAAGUGAAAGUAACUUUCAGGGAAAAGUUUCAGUCGUUGAGCUGUCUGUCUGCUGUGUUUCCGUUUUCACUCGGAGACUGAAUGGCUUCCAGAUCAGAGCAGGAUCUCUGCUGUCCGGUCUGUCAAGACGUCUUUAGAGAUCCUGUUGUUCUGUCGUGUAGCCACAGCUUCUGUAAAGACUGUCUACAGAGCUGGUGGAUAGACAAACCAACACGGGAGUGUCCAGUUUGUAGGAAAAGAUCCUUGUCUAAACCCCAUGUUAGCCUGGUGUUGAAGAACCUGUGUGAGGCCUUCAUACAGGAGAGAGAUCAGAGAUCUUCAGAGGCUCUCUGCAGUCUGCACUCUGAGAAACUCAAACUCUUCUGUCUGGACCAUCAGCAGCCGGUGUGUGUUGUCUGCAGAGAUUCAGAAACACACACCAACCACAGAUUCAGACCCACCGAUGAAGCUGCUCGACAACACAAGAAGAAACUCCAGGGAACUCUGCAGCCCUUAAAGGAGAAGUUAAAGGGAUUUGAACAAGUUAAAGUGAAGUUUGAUCAAACAGCAGAACACAUAAAAGUCCAGUCCCGACGCACAGAGAUGCAGAUUAGGAAGCAAUUUAAGAAGCUUCACCAGUUUCUAGAAAAUGAAGAGGAGGCCAGGAUGGCUGCACUGAGGGAGGAACAGAAGCAGAAGAGUCAGAGGAUGAAGGAGAAGAUGGAGGCUCUGAGCGGAGAGAUUGGAGCUCUUUCAGACACAGUCAGAGCCACAGAGGAGCAGCUGAGAGCUGAAGACGUCUCAUUCCUGAUCUACUACAAGGCUGCAGUGGAAAGAGUCCAGCAGCGCCCCCUGCUGGAUGAUCCACAGCUGCUCUCAGGAGCUCUGAUAGACGAGGCCAAACACCUGGGCAACCUGAGCUUCAACAUCUGGAACAAGAUGAAGGACGAGGUCUCCUACACUCCUGUGAUCCUGGACCCAAACACUGCUUAUCCAGAACUCAUCUUGUCUGAAGAUAUGACCAGUGUGAGACAAGGAGAGAGACAGCAGCUUCCUGAUAAUCCAGAGAGGUUUGAUUAUUACUACCUCUCUGUCCUGGGCUCUGAGGGCUUUAACUCAGGGACUCACAGCUGGGAUGCAGAUGUUGGAAACAGUACAGAGUGGGAACUGGGUGUGUUAGCGGAGUCUGUCCAGAGGAAGGAAGUCAUGCGGUCUGGAAUAUGGAGCAUAGUGUUCGAACAAGGUAAAUACUCAGCACGGUCACGACCAGAUCCAGACACUGUUCUCAGAGUGAAGAAGAAGCCCCAGAGGGUCCGACUGACUUUGGACUGGAACAGAGGAAAGCUGUCGUUCUAUGAUCUUGGUACUAACACACACAUACACACCUUCACACACACUUUCACUGAGAGGCUGUUUCCAUUGAUUGACACUAGGGAGGAAGUGAAGGUUUUACCGCUGAAGGUCUGUGUGACUGUAGAACAGAAAUAGAUGAUGAUGAUUAUUAACAGCAAAUAGUAUAAACUGUCAAAAAUCAGCCAAGGAGGUCAUGUUUUCGAUUCGGUUUGUUUGUUUGUCUGUCAUCAGAAUUAUAGAAUAACAAUUGGCUAGUUUUUAUAUAACUUUGUGGAAGAGUGUAGCAUGGGCUGAGAAAAACCCAUUACAUUUUGAUCUGAAUCAUGGGGCGGAUACCCACAUUUUAUAUUUUUUCAUUAACAUUGCGAACUACAGCGUUUGUGUUGCAUUCAAGUGGUGUAGGAAUUAUUGAAAAAGUUAGUUCCUGACUGGGAAAAAUUACUCUGCAUUGGACCUUGGGGAAGGUCUGUGCUCUCCGAGUGCAAGCUUAUUAAUAAGUACUUUGUGUCGAUUGUAAGUUAUUCAUCUUAAGGCCCUGACACAACAACCCGAUUAUUUUAUUUUAUUACAUUUAUAUAGCACUUUAUCAUAGACACUCAAAGCUCAUUUGAGUGCAUUUGAGGUGGGUGCUACAAGGCAGCCAUACAACGCCUUACGACGCCAGACACCAGAACGCUCACUGCACAUCAGCUAGUUAGUGUUAGUUAGCUAGUUAGGGAGGGGGAG